AUGAAAAAAUUUGAUAUUAAAGAACAACAAUAUGCAUUUUACACAGGUCAAAUGUCAAAUGAUGUUUCAUUUUCAUUUGGAUAUGGAUUUAUGGUUGAUAUUCGUGUUUAUAAAGAAAAUAAUAAAAGAGUGAGUUAUUGUGACCAAAAUACGUAUGAAUAUAAAGGAAUAUCAAAUGCACUUUGUGGAAAACAACGUCCAGAGCGUUUUACACCAAAACAUUUUAUUGAUAUUUGA